AUGGGGGCCAAGAAGUUCGUCCUUUUGGCUACUGACUACUUCACCAAAUGGGUGGAAACCGAGGCUUACAAGACGUUGACCCAAACAGAUGUAAGAAGGCUUGAACAACACAAAGGCAAAUGGUCAGAGGAACUGCCAAAUGUAUUAUGGGCAUACCGCACUACCAAACAGAAACCAACAGGCGAAAACCCUUUUUCCUUGGCUUAUGGAACUGAAGCUGUCAUCCCCACAGAAAUUGGACUACCCACAGUCAGGACAUUAGUGGUAGAAAGCAAUGAUAAUGAGCAACAGAUAGCUCACAACCUUGACAUGCUUGAAGAACAACGAAAAGUUGCAGCGUUACGACUUGCGAACUACCAGAAUUAG